AUGAUGUUUUUGGCCUGUAUGUUCUCAUAUGUGAUACGUACAAAUUUGUCUAUUACCAUUGUUGCUAUGGUAAAUGCGACCAGUAAAACUGGAACUGUUGGUCCUCUUUGUAUUGAAAGUUCUCUUACGAGUAAUAAAACUACUGAAUUAAAAGAUUAUGGUGAACGUUAUGAGUGGAAUCAGCAUAUACAAGGGCUAUUGCUUUCUGGAUAUUUUUAUGGCGUUUUACCAGCCAGCGUACCAGCCGGACUUUUAGCUGAAAAGUAUGGAGGUUCUAAAGUGGUUGCAUUUGCCACGUUAAUUCCUGCAGUAUUAAAUCUUCUGAUGCCAUGGGCUUCUAGUAUUCACUAUGGCUUUGUUUUUGUGCUUCGUUUUAUGAUGGGAUUUUUUGGUGGUGCUGUUUAUCCUGCUCUUCAUGCAAUGAUUGCAAGAUGGGUACCACCUAGCGAAAAGGGGAUGUUUGUGUGGACUAUGCAAGGUGGACCUUUUGGUACAGUUGUAACAUUUUCUUUAUGCGGUCAAGUAAUCAGUGCUUUUGGAUGGAAAGCAGCAUACUAUGUUACCAGUGGACUUAUGUUACUUUUUUAUGUUCUGUGGGUUUAUCUUAUAUAUGAUACACCUGAUGUUCAUCCAGGAAUCACUCAAAAAGAAAAAUUAUAUAUAAAAGAGCAAAUAGGUACAUCUAUAUCAAAACAAAAGAUGCCACUUCCUAUAAAAUCUGUUAUCACAUCGGUACCAUUCUUAGUUCUAUUAUGGGCUCACUUUGCAAAUAUGUGGGGCAUAUAUUUCAUUGCAACUAAUGGUCCAAAAUAUACUUUGGAGGUACUUGGAUUCAACAUGAAAUCGGGUGGCUUUCUAACAGGUUUACCUUAUAUAGCAAGAUUAGGUGCUGGAGUAUUAUUUGCAGCUGCAGGUGAUUAUAUUCGAAGAAAAAAUAUUUUAACUUUAGGAUUGAUUCGUAAAAUAUUUAUGCUGUUUUCACAUAUGGGUCCAGCUGUUGCCUUGAUUAUUAUGACUUAUGCUGGAUGUGAUGCAACAACAGCAAUGGUGAUGUUGAUCUUGGCAUUGACUUUUAAUGGUGCUGCUUGCCAAACUAGUUUAGUAAAUCAUCAAGAUCUUGCACCGAACUUUGCUGGUUCUUUGUAUGGUGUUAUGAAUACUUUUGGUAGUUUUCCUGGAUUUAUUAUCCCACCAAUUAUUGGUGCUUUAACCAAUGAAAGAAAUGGAGUAGAAGAAUGGCGUAUUAUGUUCUGGUUAUCAGCAGGAGUAUUUUUUUCGGCAACAAUUCUAUUUUGGAUCUUUGGAUCUACACAAAUACAACCAUGGAACGACUUGAGCCAUUCUAAACCUACAGAAACAUUAGAAGAAGAGAAGCAAAUGACAGUAAUGGAAGUGCCGAUGAAAGAAUUACAGACUGAGAAUGAGGAGAAUGAACGUCUGUAA